GUGAAACUCUAGCUCUGCGCUCCCGCCCUUAGUUGGAACGAGAAACCCUAGCUCGCGACCGCGGCCAAUCUCGCGAGAGCUCUCGCCUUUCUCUUCUCUGUCGCCACCUUCCCUUCGCUCCUGUUUCGAGCUCCUUUCCCCUCCCUCCCUCCAGAUGCCGCGUAUGGAGGAUAUUCUAAAUCUUCCUGUUCAAGAUCCUCCACUUUCUGAAUUUUCUGCCGCUAAUUUGAACUGGAUAAAAGUAGAUGGAGGUCGCCUGGGUGGUGAUGAUAUUACUCUGAUUCCCUACUCCCGACUUGGCGAUUUUGUCAAAGGCGAAUCGUCAAAUGCGGAAUGCCCUGCAAGUUUUCGUAUUGAGUCUAGAAGAAAACGAUCUGAAGGAAGUGUUACCAAGCCUAGGGUUGAUGGUUAUAUCGAAUAUACUCUAUAUUGGUGUUCUUAUGGUCCUGAAGACUAUCGUCAUUCUGAAUCUAGCACUGGCGAUUGCCCGAAUAAUAAACCAUCAUCAGGGAAGGGUAGCAGGCCUGGUAGGCGGCACAUGAUGAGAGGCUGUCUCUGCCAUUUCACUGUUAAGCGCUUGUAUGCUCGUCCACUUCUAGCACUCAUCAUCUAUAACCAGCGAAAUCAUGUUGAUAAGACAGGGGCACCCUGUCAUGGUCUACGGGAUAGGGAUGCUGUUGAAACCCGAGCCAUGUAUGCUCCACGGAUUUCAGAAGGACUGCGGCAAAAAAUAACUUGUAUGCUUUAUGUUGGUAUCUCUUUAGAUAACAUCAUUCAACAUCAUGUAGAAAUGGUGGAGAGACAUGGUGGACCUUGUAAUCGUGAUGAUUUUCUGAAAAGAAAUGAUGUUCGUAACAUUGAAAGGGUAAUCCGCCAUUCUACAUACGAAUUGCAUGCUGAUGAUGCACUAAGCGUGGACAUUUGGUUGAGCGCCAUCAGAAGUAUGUUUUUUUCUUCCGAGGCAACUGUAAAAAGGAACCAUUUGUUUUAGGCAUACAAACGGAAUGGCAGUUACAGCAGAUGCUUCGUUAUGGGCAUAAUGGUUGCAUAGCUUUACAUUCAUCUUUUGGCUCGAAGAAGCUUCGGCAUCCUUUGCAUACAUCGUUAGUUUUUGACUCAUGCCAAAAUGUGAUUCCUGUUGCAUGGGUCAUCAAUUCUAGUGUUGAUGGUCCGUAUAUACGUAACUGGAUGGAUGCCCUUGUUGAGCGAGCACGAGCAAGGCACCAUGGAUGGAGGCCAAAUUCCUUCUUAGUCGAUGAUCCAUCUCUUGAUGUUUUCAUCGUCAGAGAUACAUUUCAGUGUCGGGUCUUUUUAUGCCUUUGGCAUGUACGCCGUGCUUGGUUUAAAGGCCUUUUGAAGAAAUGCGUCAAUUUUGAUGUGCAGAAGGAAAUAUUUAGGCUGCUAGGACAGAUCUUGUACUGUGCAAAAAGUGGCCCAUAUGUCAUGGGUACAAUAGAAGAGUUCAUGCAAAUAUUUAUUGAUCAGCGUGAAUUCAUGGAGUACUUUAAGAAACGAUGGUUGGCAAGAAUAGACAUGUGGAUCGCUGCUAUGAGGGCUCUUCCAGUUUCAAAGCAAGAACUUCAUGCUGUAAUUGAGUCCUACCAUUUAAAAUUGAAAUCGAAACUCUUAAGUGACAUGCAUGCCAGUUCAUGGCACCGAGUCGACUGGUUGGUGCACACAUUAACCACUGAAUUUUACUCCAUAUAUUGGUUUCACAAAUACACUGAAGAAUGUGGUCUUUUAAGAAAUCACAUAGAGGAGUUUCUUCCAACCAAUUCAUGGUAUCGGGCAUUGCAAAUUUCAGAUCUCGAUGUGUUAUUGGAUGAGGAAGACCUUCACUUAUCAAAGGUUGUUUCCCAAUCUGAUGGGAGCCUAGUAUACACAAUAUGGAAUCCUGGUUCAGAAUUUUCAAUCUGUGAUUGCCCUUGGUCGAGGCUGGGUAAUCUUUGCGAGCAUGUGAUUAAAGUAGGUAUUAUCUGUAGAAAUCGGGGGCAGGUAUCAAGGUCAUCAUCAGCAUGCCAAAUAUACCUUUGAACGUUAAUUAACCUUUUGGAGAAUUCUCCAGAUUGUCCUCUAGUUCUUGAUCAUGCUAUUUUUCGUGCUACCUGCAUGCAGCAUGACCUCAAAGGCUUGGAAGAUUUAUCCAACGGCGCCCUUCUUCAGCCAUCGUCUGCUUUAGAUGCAACUGCAUUUUUCAGUGAAAAUAUUUCACCACAAGCGAGUUUGCCGAAGAAAGGAUUGUGAGUACUAAGAAGCAAAGGACUUUGAGCAGACAGUUGAACAAUGGGGGCUCACAACUUGAUUUUCUGGGCACUAGUACCUGCAAAUAUUCAGAUUCCAACUGGUCAAAUGAGAGAGGUUCUUCAAAUACUUGCCAAGAAAUCAAAUAUGGUUAACCCCAUCGUUUUUCAAGUGAUCAUGGGCAACCGUAAUGUUAUGAUGAGUGAUAUCAAAGUUUGGACUGGCGAGCUCAUCAUCUAUUUUUUAAUGUCCUAUUUGCUAGUUGGGAUUUUUGCUGCAGAUUUUAAAUAAUUCAGCUGUCAUCGAGACUAAAAUAAGGUUUUAAUAUUUCAUCAAUUCUUUAUUGAA